AUGCAGGGACUUAGCUUGCAAAUGUCGGGAUUGGCGAAGACUUGGGAAGGUCUUCAGAGUCGAUUGCAGAUGAGUUCUAUAGUGGUCGUGUGUACUUUGCGAGACGCAGUUUGGACUUGGGAAAAUAAUUUCCACCGCCUCAAAAGGCUUAGUGGAGUCAAUGAAAAACCUCCACAUUUCCUACAAAGAAUCAAGGCGCCCCCAGCUAUAAUCAAAGUUCUAGAUUUAGGAUAUAAAGAAAAAGUACGCAUAGACUUAUAUUAUGAAGCCUUAUGUCCGGCUUCCAUUGAGUAUGAUCACAAACGCUUUGGUCCCCUGGUACAGAUUUUAGGCGACUACCUUGAUGUACAUACAUAUCCUUAUGGCUUUGCGCAGACAAAAGAGGAAAAAGGAAACAUUUCCUUCGUGUGUCAACACGGGCCCCGUGAGUGCUAUGGUAACAAACUCCACGCCUGUGCACUCGAUAAGUUGGAGCACUCUAAAGCAAUUCUUUUUAAUAUUUGUCUGAUGAACAGAACUGAUGUUGGAGGUUCAGAUGACAAAACAGCUGAUGAGUGUGGGAAAAACAUGAACGUUGAUUCGAAACCAAUAAAACUUUGUGCUAAAGGUAAAAAGGGUUCAGAACUUUUGAAAUAUUAUGGAGAAGAAACCAAGAAAGCGAAAAUUGAAUAUGUGCCUUACACUUUUAUAAAUGGCAAGCAGUUCAACUAUGGUUUGGACUACCGUGACUUCAAGGAAAAUUAUGUAUCAUCAAUAAAACGCUCCAAUACUUUAAUGUCUACACUAAUCAAGGAUUUAAAAAAUAAAGAAAAAGUACGCAUAGACUUCUUUUAUGAAGUCUUAUGUCCCGGUUGCAUUUACUUUGACCGAAAACGCUUUGGACCUCUGGUGCAGAGUUUAGGGGACUACCUUGAUAUACAUACCUAUCCUUAUGGCUUUGCGCAGACAAAAGAGGAAAAAGGAAACAUUUCCUUCGUAUGUCAACAUGGGCCUCCUGAGUGUUAUGGUAACAAACUCCACGCCUGUGCACUCGAUAAGUUGGAGCACUCCAAGGCACUUCUUUUUAAUAUUUGUCUGAUGAACAGGACUAAUGUUGGAGGUUCAGAUGACAAAACAGCUGAUGAGUGCGGGAAAAAUAUGAACGUUGAUUCGAAACCAAUAAAACUUUGUGCUAAAGGUAGUAGGGGUUCAGAACUUUUGAAAUAUUAUGGAGAAGAAACUAAGAAAGCGGAAAUUGAUUAUGUGCCUUAUACUUUUAUAAAUGGCAAGGAGUUCGACUUAGAUAACGAUUUGAAGAAAUCAGUUUGUAAUGCCUUCAAAAAGCCUCCACCGCCUUGUCAAGAUGACUAA